AAACCAGCAUUUCACAGCUCAUGUUCGUCAUAGUUUCCUGUGUGGUGUGCAACUUGUCAGUUUGAUCUAGAGGAGCUCAGACUCACACAGUCUUCUGCUUCAUCGAAACAAGCAAAUCCAGGACUACAAAUGUCGAACCCAGUGGUCACCCAUCAACCAGGUGCAGGCGGCUACGGGACGAAUGUGCAAACGGGAGAGUGGAGCACGGGCCUGUGCUCCUGCUUUAGCGACUGUUUCAUCUGUGCCCUUGGUUUUUUCUGUCCACUCGCGCUGAGCUGCUACACGGCAAAUAAGUAUGGAGAAAACUGCUGUUUGGGUUGCCUGCCAGGAGGUUUAUCAGCCAUCAGGACUCAUAUGAGACUGACCUAUGGUAUUCAGGGAACAAUCUGCAACGACGCCACAAUGCUCUUUUUCUGUGGAAUUUGUGAAGUGUGCAGGAUGGCACGAGAAAUCCGCAUCAGGAACGGAGAGGUUUCAGUGUAACAAGAGCGUCUGAUGAUGAUGAUCCACUGUUGGCAAAGUAAUGUGUUUAUUCCUGAAACCUUCGGGCUGACGGGGCAGCUAAUGGAAUGCAGUUCAAUGUGUUAAAUGUCAUUUUUUCUUUAGCCUUACAUGUAUCUGCACAGUAUGACAAAUUGCUAGUGCUAACCACAGUUGCUGUAAAUAAAUUUCAUUGUCCAUGUGCAUAAUUUAUAAUGGUUAUUUACAUGGCUUUAAAAAAAAAAUUCAUUUCAAAUGUUUUUAUUUCUUUUAAUUUUCAAUGUAAUAAAUUUUUACCACUCAA